GAGAAUAAAGGACAUUUAACUGAAAAAACCUAGGAUUUACUUUAGACUGGAAACAACCAGAUGCUUAAAAGUUAACGGUUGGCUGAAGAGAUGGACAAUCUUACUGCCUGGAAUUGUAAUUGAACCAUUCCUAAGGGAUCAAGAUACACCCAUAGGAUCUUGUACAUAUCAAAGUGGUCAAGGAUCAAGAUGGCUGCAAAGUACAGAGAUCAAUUCAGAAAAGGUGACCAAUCAAUGGAGAGCAGGAAUGCAUUCUGGAACGCCGGUUUCCAAGCAUGCGUCAAAUGUGGCACCAAGGAGAUUGAGAAGGACAAUGUCACAUGUGGAGCACGACCUAACGGGGAAAUGUACGGGACUGAAAUAUUCAAAUGUUCAAACAUGACAUGCGGAUGGACGACAAGUUUCUACUAUGACGAUGCAUGUAUACCAUGGCAUUAUGAAACAAAGGAAUGGAAAAGAUCGGUCAAAUUCUACACUGCCGGUCUGAUGGUCUUGUGGGCGCAGAAACGUUUCCUACCAGAAGAUAUCGUCCAGAAAGUGAAGGAAUUGAACGUUAGUGGAGAAACGCUACUGGAGUGGCAUCAACAAGGCAUUUUAGCAAAGAAAUUGGAUAUACCAGAGAGCAGAGUGGAAAAAUUAACGAAGGCUAUCGAAGCCAGGAAAACUAUAAUAUGAGCUUAACAUUAUUGCUUAGAAACUGACUAUUAAGGGAAUGAAUAUCAUUCUUGAAAUUUACAGACUGUCAUGGGACUAGAAUGAGUGAUGAUCUGAACAAUAGUUCAGCAGGACACAUAUGCUGAACAGUUUUAGGAUGGCACAUAAUCGCACAAAGAGAGAUCUAAGAUAAGAGAACUCAAAGUGAAAAUGAUUUGAACAUUCUGAACAUUUUUAAUCAUAAAACUUUAACUGUUGACCAAAAUUCCCGGGAAUUUGAAGAACGAUCAGUCUUCAUUUGGCCAUGGUUUUUUUUGCCAACUCCAAAAUGCUGUAUAAGGCGCAUUAUCACAUUUGGUGAUGAAACAUUUCAUAUGCUGUCAGAAUAACAUAACACACAAGGUGAACAAGAACUUAACGUACCUUGUGCACAGAGGCUCCAAGGCCAGCCAGAGGGGAUAAUACCUCAAUGUCAACCUUUCUGCUGUAUGUCUGGCCACAAACCAUAUAAGACCUGAAAAAAGAAUGGAGAAACAUUAUACAGUAGAACUUCUCUACUACAGGACACCCUUGGAACUGACCAAUGCUGUUGGUGUCCUGAUUACAGUCCACAGAGGCCAAUCAGAAUGGAAAUGACAGGUUUGGUGCCAACCUGAUGUCUCUUUUUAGAGGGGUGUCCUCAAAAAGAGAGGUGUCUGCUAUGAAUUUAAGUUCCACAAUAUUACUAGCGCAGUAUUCUAAUGAAUUAUUUGAGAAAUGCUUGUGUUCUAUUUUCUAUAAAACAACUAACACCAGAGAUGUCAA